AAUACACAGAAUAAGCCAAAGCAGCUUCCAUCAUCCACUCUCUAAUCUAGUGAUCUGAAAUUCCCACGUGUCAUAAACAAAUUUACAUACUGGCCCCUGAUCCAUAUUGAUGUUUUGUUUGUGGCCACAGAACAGAACUGAAUUGAAGAAUUCAACACAUGAGUGAGUGAAGAUUGAAAAAGUGCAUCACAGCAUCACUCUAGUCUCUUCUAAACCCAGAAAUAGAAAUCACUACGCAAAACUUGUGCAGUUCGGGCCACACUCUCUUGGUAUGUCUUUAAUUCCCUACCUACACUCUCCUCCAACGCAUUACAUUCUUUUCUGUUAACACUGCAAUGGAUUCCGUAGCGAGAUUAUGUUAAUGGGGAAGUAAAAAGUAAAAACCUCUUGAUGGAAAUGAAUAUUGCAAGGUGUAGUCCCAAAACAGAGGGAUUAUUCUUUUCCAACACUUCAAGAACAGUAGGAUGGGAGAACAUGCAGAAACUUCCGUAUAAUAAUGUGGCUGUCCAGAAUCCAAGAUGGACCUUGCGCAAAUUCACAUCGCCCUAUCGAGCUUUUACUGCAGUGUGUCCAAGAAGGUCUUUUUUCUGUCGAACGCGUUCCAUGGCAACUAGUUUGGAGGAAUCUUCAUCUUUACAACCUGGAGAAAAUUCCACUGAGGAUGAGGAUCCUUAUGCUGAAGAAGAAUCGGAAAAUUUGGCACAACCACUUACCAAAGAACAGAUAAUGGCUCUGCUUGUUGAUACUGAAAGAGAAAAACUUACGAAGAAGCUUAGUGAAGCCAACCAGCAUAAUCGGUUCCUCAAAAGGCAGUUGCAUAUAAAGGAAGAUGCAUUGGUAAAUUUUAAAAGUGAGCUUGCUGUCAUGGAACUUGAAGUUCAGGCUUUGGUCAAACUAGCAGAAGAAAUAGCAAAAUCUGGUAUUCCAGAAGGUUCAAGGAAGAUCAACGGAAAGUACAUUCAUUCUCACCUGGUUACUCGAUUAGAAGCUGUACAUGAACAAUUGAUGGAACAAAUAAAGGACGUUGGUGCGGCACAGUCCAAGAAGGUUUCUAUUUUUUGGGUUGGAAUGGCUGAGAGCGUGCAAGUUUUGGGGACCUUUGAUGGUUGGAGCCAAGGAGAGCACCUUUCACCUGAGUAUACUGGUUCUUACACUAGGUUCUCAACAACGUUGAUGCUGAGACCCGGGAGGUAUGAAAUCAAAUUCUUAGUAGACGGUGAAUGGAAGCUAUCACCUGAGUUCCCCAUUAUUGGUGAAGGAUUAACCAAAAACAAUUUGUUAGUUGUCGAGUGAAUCAUGCCUGUUAUGUUGAUUAAUUUCAAUCCUAGCAACUUUUUGAACUUUGCAACUAUAUUUAGCUUAGUUUAUAACCUAGUGAGUUUAUGCCAAUGCAACGCAUAAAAUAAUUUUGAGUUAUUUGUAAAAUUCAGCUUGUUCUGCAUCUAUGAACUUUUCAUGUAAAAGAAGUUUCUUUUUACUAUUAUGAUUUUGGUGGGUUUUAAAUGGUUCAUUCUGUAAGAUGACAUUGAACCAAAAAAGUUAGACGAAUUAUUGAAGGGUUAUAAAACUUUAAUUUGGACUUGUUAUACAAUGCCAGCGUGAGACUGAAAGCGAGAGAUAGUAACUGAUUAAGGACACA